AUGAUCAAACUCUUGGCUAGGAGCUACUUCAUCUAUCUAUAUUGGGUAUCCAUCAUUUGGAUGAUGUUUUGUAUGAUUGACAUCAAUCGUCAUCGAGGUACUUCGAACAAAUUGGAUUCGAACGAUGCAGAUUUGACUAGUGAUGUUCGUCUCACUCGAAACAAACGUAUAUCAACGUCGACAGGAGCAAACAGAAAAUCAUUAAUUGCAACCUAUACCGAUUUGCAAGUACUCCAUGAGUCUGAAGAAGAUCAAUUAGAUAAUAACGAAGAUAAUCGAUCGGAGAUGAAUCUUAAUGAAGUAUCAACAGACAAUCAAGAUAUAUCUACUUCUGAUGAUCAUGGCAAUAAAUUGAACUCUCUGAAAAAUCUCUCGUAUCAAUCAUUGACAACGAAAUCGUCAACAGAUAUGACACGAGGCGUCCGGGGUCGACGGAGUACUCUCAAUGCAAUCAAACAACAUGAUCUCAGAACCUAUGUACGUCGUCGAAGGGACAGCAUUGUUCAACACAUUAUCGGCUACAACUACGAUGACAAUUCUACCGUUGGUGGUCUCUAUACUCGCAUAGGCAUCGGAAUUUUUUGCCUUGGCACAGUAAUUCAUUCGGCUCUAUCGAUCCUAAGUAAUUUGGAAAAUCGUUUAUGUAUACGAUGGAUAUCUUUAAUGGAUAAUUCCUCACGAUUGCUCUUCAGCUUCAUUCAAUUCUUCUUCAUUUUCAAACAUUCGAACCUCAUCAUUCGAGCCCAUCAGAGUUAA